UGCAUGGCGUCCAUAUCAGCAACGGAACGAAAACAGUGGAUGGCAUUCAUAUCAGCAACAGAAUGAAAACAGUGGAUGGCAUCCAUCUCAGCAACGGAAUGAAAACAGUGGAUGGCAUCCAUACCAGCAACGGAACGAAAACAGUGGAUGGCAUCCAUAUCAGCAACAGAAUGAAGACAACCAAUACCAGCAAUACCAGCAAUACAAUGAAAAUAGCGGAUUGUACACAUAUUCGCAACAAAAUGAAAAUAAUAAAAGAAUGUACAGACAACAAAUUCAAAAGCAAGAGGUGGUGACUGCUUAUGACAAAAAAGUAACUUAUGAGAUCUUUUAUGAUACUAUGGAAUUCCUGGAAAAAUAUAUUGAGAUAGCUGGUUAUUAUCCUGAUUGGAAUGCAAGGAGGCAAUUUCCUAAUAAUAAUGUUAAAAGAACUAUCGACGGACCAGAAGACGCUGAAGAAU